CUGUAGAUACUGUUAGCGGUACAUAGCACCGCACACACAUUGGCGUAGUACUUAGAGAUGUGGGAUUAUCAUGUUUGAGUCACUCUUCUCCUGUUGCUGAUAAUAUUGGAACAAGCAAUGUUGGAAUACUUACUCUUUUGACAGUACACACUUUCCGGACUGGGUCCUGGUCCAAAGGAAGCCUCAAUGAUUGGUAGGGAAACUGCAGACUUGAGUUAAAGGCUACAUAAUAAUUGAGUACUGGACCGAUGGAUCUUGGUCUCCGUGAUGAUUGCAUUGUGCCUUGAAAAUUCUUAAUCUUGGAACUGAAGAAAGGGUGUGUGUGGGAAUCCGAAUAUCAUUUUGGCAGAACUUUUGUAACUCUAAACAUUUAAAUAGUUAAAAUGGCAGUGCUAUGGGUCCAGUGCCUAGGUGGGAACGGAGGAAGGAGACCAUGAGGAUGAGACCAUCAGAGAACAAUAGCGAAGGUGGAGAGUCAGCUCAGCAGGAAGGAAGGCCUGUUUUUGCUUCAAUUUGAGGGAUUUGUACGCAUAUUGUAAGGCUUGGCUGAUCCCCUAGGAUUCAAAGCCUAGGAGAGAGACUUCCAGGGGGUGAUGCCAGGCAUCCCUCAUCCCCUCCUUUAACUGGACCUGCUGGGGAAGAAGGCACAGCAGGAACCCUGCCACCUUUAGCCUGAGCCUGACCCAGAACUGGUCCAGCAGACAAAUGGCAAGCAAAAAACGUGAAGUCCAGCUACAGUCAGUCGUCAAUAGUCAGAACUUGUGGGAUGAGAUGUUGCUGAACAAAGGCUUAACAGUGAUUGAUGUAUACCAAGCCUGGUGUGGACCCUGCAAAGCCGUGCAAGCUUUAUUCAGAAAACUAAAAAAUGAACUGAAUGAAGAUGAGCUUCUUCAUUUUGUCGUUGCGGAAGCUGACAGCAUUGUGACUCUGCAGCCAUUUAGAGAUAAAUGUGAGCCUGUGUUCCUCUUCAGUCUUAAUGGUAAAAUUAUUGCAAAGAUUCAGGGUGCAAAUGCACCACUUAUCAAUAGAAAAGUCAUUGCAUUGAUAGAUGAAGAGAAGAAAAUUGCAGCAGGUGAAAUGGCUCGUCCUCAGUAUGUUGAAAUUCCACUAGUAGACUCAUUGGACGAAGAAUAUGGGGAAGUGCACUAUGAAAGUAAUGUGGAAGUUUACAAUAUGGCAGUUAUCAACCCUGAUGCUGUACUCAUGAGAAAAAAUUUGGAAAUUAAGGAAAAAAUAACCAAAGAAGGAUUUAUCAUAGAAAUACAGGAAAACAUGCUUCUCCCCGAAGAGGUAGCGAGGGAAUUCUACAAUCAUAUGAUAGAUGAGCCUGACUUUGAAGAGUUUGUAUAUUCUAUGACAAACCGCCUAAGCUGUGUGCUCAUUAUAUCUCAAGGAGAAGACACAGAGGUUAUUGAGGAGGAAGCUCUCCCUCAGUCUGAUGAUGAAGAAGAAGAAGAAGAAGAAGAAGUAGUAGAAGAACCUGACCCUUUGGAAGAGCCUCACGUUAGGUUUGCACCUAUGCUGGUAAAGAAGAAACGGGACAGUUUGCAAGAGUAUAUGGACCGACAACAUAUGUCUGAUUACUGUCAUGUCGAGGAUGAUGCGGUUAAGGUGUCCAAGUUCAUUGACAUAUUAUUCCCUGAUUUUAAAACCAUGAAAAGCACGAAUGUACAAAGGACACUAGGAUUACUGUAUCCAGAAGUCUGUGAGGAAGAGAAAGAUAAUGUGUUGGACAUUAUUCAAAAUGAAGGGUUCACUAUAUUGAUGCAGAGGCAAGUCGUAUUAUCAGAGGAAGAGGCAAGAGCAGUGUGCCACGUCCAUGAGGAUGAAGACUAUUUUGAUAAUCUUAUAGGAUACAUGUGCAGUAAUAACUCUUAUAUCCUUGUUCUAAUGAGGGAACAUAGUGUGGAACGUUGGAAAGAGUUAAUCGGGCCUAAAACUGUUGAGGAGGCUUAUGCAUCUCAUCCAGACAGUUUAUGUGUACGGUUUGCUUCAGGAAAUUUUCCUGUCAACCAGUUCUAUGGGAGCAGUUCAAAAGCAGCAGCUGAGACAGAAAUAGAGCAUUUCUUUCCUCCUCAGAGUACGCUGGCAUUGAUUAAGCCUCACGUGUCACACAAAGAAAGAAUGGAGAUUCUGAAGGCCAUUAGAGAUGCAAGAUUUGAGCUGACCCAGAUGAAAGAAAUGCACCUGACUCCGGAGCAUGCAAGCAAAGUUUAUUUCAAAAUAACAGGAAAAGAUUUCUAUAAAAAUGUAUUGGACGUCUUAUCUUCGGGCAUGUCAGUAGUCAUGAUUCUGACCAAGUGGAAUGCUGUUGGAGAAUGGAGGCGAAUGAUGGGCCCAGUAGACCCAGAAGAAGCAAAACUGCUGUCUCCAAAUUCCCUCCGAGCCAGAUAUGGAAUAGACGUUUUGAGAAAUGCUGUCCAUGGGGCAUCUAACAUGUCUGAAGCAGCAACUGCCAUUAGUAAUGUGUUCACAGAGAGCAAUUUUGAGAACUAGGACAAAUACUAGAAAACUCAAUGAGAUAAUGAAGAAGUUUCAUCACAUAAAACCAUGAGGCACAACUUCCUGUAAAGAGUAAGAACAAAAAUUUCUCCAAGAGAAACACACAUGGAGAUGAAAACUCGCAUGGCUAUGCAUGGUAACAAUAAAAACUGUAACCCCCCAA